AUGGACAGUGAUGUCAUUGUCGCGUUCAUUGGCAGCUGGCCGAUCGAAAUGGAAGUCAUUGCCGAGCACAUGGACCUUGGUGACCUCUGCAACUAUUACCUCAUGACAACAUCGUCAUCUGUUCCAUUUGACUGGCGCCUCAAGACGGCGACCAUCCUGCGCAUCGUCCGCGGUCUCGUCUACCUCCACACGGUUGAGCCGGCGAUCCUCCACCGCGACCUCAUGUCCCAAAAUGUCCUCGUGGAUUCCAAGAAGCGGACCAAGCUCUCGGAUUUUGGCGCGUCUCGCAAAGCGGGCGACGGCAACAGGACCAACGGCCUUGGCACGUGUACUAGUGGAUGA